AUGGGCUCAAUUGAGCCAUGGGCCCUCCCUAUUCAUGGGAAACAUACGUCACAGAGCACCGAAUGGUCGCCUCAUCAAUCUUAUCAGGCCAUCGAUGGACGGACGAAUUCCUUCUCGCACACCGAUGAUAAUGAUCCGCAUCCUUGGUGGCUGCUUGACCUAGGUAGCCCUCACAACUUGAGUAGAAUCAACGUCACUCUCCGAAAGGACAGCGGGGGUUUUCGUUUCACCGGGGCGAUAGGGCGAGCCGGACUGAGCCCCAACUUCGCCGAGAACCUGCCGUGCGGCUCACCGGCUACCAGCGAACAGUCUCAGGAUGGAGCUGAGAUCCCGUUCCUGUGCGAGCCACCGCGGACGGCUAGGUAUAUCAGCUUGGACAUCGAUACCUCCAUGCCCGGUGUAGAUCCGAGAGAGGCAUAUCUGCAACUUGCCGAGGUGACGGUGGAAAACGUCACGUCUGCCCUCCCUGUUAAUGGGAAAAGUACAUCACAGAGCUCAACAUGGCUUCCUCACCCUUCUUUUUUGGCCAUCGAUGGAUGGACAUAUUCCUUCACGCACACUGGUCCUAAUGAUCCGCAUCCUUGGUGGCUGCUGGACCUAGGUAGCAAUCACUGCUUGGGCAGAAUCAAUGUCACUCUCCGAACUGAUGGAUGGGGUUUUCGUUUCAUCGGGGCGAUAGCCCGAGCUGGACUGAGCCCCAACUUCAACGAGAACCUGCCGUGCGGCUCACCGGCUACCAGCGAACAGUCUCAGAAUGGAGCCGAGAUCACGUUCCUGUGCGAGCCACCGCGGCUUGCUAGGUAUGUCAGCUUGGACAUCAAUACUUCCAUGCCCGGUGUGGAUGCAGCACGUGCAUUUCUGCAACUUGCCGAGUUGGCGGUUGAAGAGUACACGUCUGGAGAGUGUGCUGCUCCUGGUUAUUUGGGAUGUUUUGGGGACGCUGAAUAUCGUUCCCUAUCGGUCGGCCCAGCAGCCUCAGAAUAUGAACAGUCGGUAGAGUGGUGCUUCAGAAACUGUUUGGAACCUACCGAGUAUAAAUAUGCGGGAAUGGAAUACAAAUACGAAUGCUGGUGUGGGAAUGACAACUACGAUAAACACGGUAAAGAGCCGGAUUCCGAUUGCAAAUAUGUGUGCCCCGGAAACAACAAUCAGAUCUGUGGAGGCAGUUGGCGCAUAUCCGUGUACACAGGUGAGUAG